CGCCAUUUCACUCAUUCUUUUCUUUCCUAUUUUUCACUUUUCGCCCCCAAAUCUCACAAUUCGAACAAAAUGUCAGCGCAAACUCCUGAACAGCCAAAAUCUGUCCCAACAGUGUUGAUCGUAGGAGGUGGACUCGGCGGUCUCAUGCUGGGCCAGCUGCUCGAGCAGAUCAACGUCCCCUAUCACAUCUUUGAGCGGGCUAACGAAUUGCGCGCUCUAGGCUCGGUCAUGACCCUCGGCCCAAACAUCAUCCCCCUCUUUGAGCAGCUGGGCCUGAUGGAGGAGAUCAACAAGUUCUCGUUGCCGGUCUUCUCCCUUGACAUGUACGGCGAUGACAUGAAGAAAGUCGGCGCAAUCGAUCUGACAUCGCAUAAGGCAGUUUCCGGAAACGAAAAUUUGCUAUUCGCAAGACCUCAGCUCUACGAACUUAUGAAGAAGCAGGUCCCUGCCAGCAAGAUCACUCUCGGCAAGAAGGUUGUUCGUCAUGAGGAAAAGGAUGGCAAGGUCAUCAUUCACUGCUCUGACAAUACUAAAUUCGAGGGCGAUAUCCUUGUUGGAGCGGACGGCGCCUAUAGCGGAGUGCGCCAGAGCCUGUACAAGCAAAUGGACGAACAGAACAUCCUUCCCAAGAACGACCUUGAGAGCCUUUCGGUUGGAUAUGUGAGCAUGGUCGGCGUUGCUAAACCAUCCAACCCCGAAAAGUACCCACAGUUGAAGGACAACUUUGCACACUAUUCCCAAGUCCUUGGUCCCGAUUCCCGCAGUUGGGGUGUAUUCAGUGUGCCUGGCAAUCAAAUCUGCUUCGUGCUCAGCUCCCAGUUGUCGACUGCAGAGGCCAAGGACCAGGCAUUCCGCAAUUCCGAGUGGGGUCCUGAAGCGAACGAUGCCAUGCUCAAGGAGUUCUAUGAGGAACCUUGUCCCUGGGGAGGCAAGAUGGGCGACGUUUUCGAUGAGACACCCAAGAACUUGAUUUCGAAGGUGUUCCUUGAGGAGAAGCUCUUUAAGACGUGGUACCACUCACGGACAGCUCUUAUCGGUGAUGCCUGCCACAAGAUGCUUCCUGGUGCUGGUCAAGGAGCUGUGAACGCAAUGCAGGACGCUGUUGUGCUUGCCAACUGCAUUUACAACAUGCCAGAUUCAAGCACUGACAGUAUCACGGCGGCAUUCCAGGAGUACUAUAAGCAACGCUUCAGUCGCGCAGAGAUGCAGUUUGAACGCAGUAGCAGCAUGACUAAGACUAUCAGUGGCCAGACAUGGGUGGAUAGAGUGCUUCGUAACGUGAUGCUUAACUACGUGCCCAACUUCAUUACUCAGAUGAGUUUCAUGAAGACUUUUGAGUACCGUCCUCAGAUCGCCUGGUUGCCUUUGGCUGAAAACCGUGGCACUGUGAAGGUGCUCCCACAGGAGGGCGUGAGGAAACUCCUUGAAGCGAAGGCGGAGGCUAUUUAAUGAGACCAGAGCUGUUGUGUAUUAGUGAUGCUUUUGUACAUGCAAUAAAACGUUAAAAUGAAA